GAAAUUCAUGUCAAAAACAAAAACAUCAUAAACUUACAAAACCAAACCUUCAUUCACCAAAACCUGCUUUGCUCUUUCCCACACAACUACAAAACAAAACCAAACCAAACCCACCACCCCUUCAAUCUUCACACACAACUUGGGGUCAUGGAAGAUUUCAGAUCCAAAUCCUACGCUGAUGGAAGGAUGCAGCAGCAGAUUGAGCCUUAUUCCGGCGGCGGCGGCGUCCAUGGCAUGCAAGAUCUCCGUUGCUACAGCGCCUCUUACGCCUCCUCUGUUCACCCAGCUCAAACCCAAACUCAGUUUGGAAACGAUGUUGCCAAGUUCAAGAAAGGGAAAUCCACAAAUGGGUCUGCUUCAAAAAGCUGGAGCUUCAGUGAUCCUGAACUGCAGAGGAAAAAGAGGGUUGCUAGUUACAAGGUUUAUGCUGUUGAAGGUAGACUUAAAGGCUCUUUCAGGAAGAGCUUCAAGUGGAUUAAGGACAGGUGCACCAGAGUUGUCAAUGGAUGGUAGCUAAUUAGCUGUUACUGUAUUGUUGGAAUAUUGAAUGGUAGCUAAUUAGCUUGAAUUGAAUGUCUUAUAUAUAUAUGAAUGGAUAAUUAUUGUUUGCCUUGUUUAUUUAAUUUACUGGUUAGUGUUUAUGUAUGUAUGUCCAUGUUUUGAAGUAAGUACACAUAAGGAAUGUAAUUUAAUUUGGAAGAGAAAUUGUGUUCAUGUUGGUUUCUGUGAA